AUGCAUAGCUCUCAAGCAUCCUUACAAAGACCACAGAUCUCCCCAAAUCUUUACGCACUCAUAGAACGCAUACUACUCUCUGGAGGCUCACUACACCGCUUUGUUGAUAGCUUACAGGUGUCUUGGCCCGAGAUUGCCGCCAAGCUUGGCACACCAGAAAACGUGUGCAAAGCGCAGAUGCAGCUUAUUCUUGAUACAUUGUUCGAUCGCCGCGAGUUUACUGAAGAGGACAGAGAGCUUCUUUGCCGUCUCAUAGAGUCUGAAGCAUUCGAGCAGGAGGCCCUCACGGAAUCGUUCCACAAUGAGAACAUGUCCACUUCUCAGGCCCCCAAGCCACCUAGGAACACGCUUGUCGCCAUAGCUCAAUACUUGCAGAGACGCUACUUUCCAAGCUACUCUGCAUCUCUGAUAGCACGCGAAUAUGCAGCCAUGAAAAGGCUCUAUGUGCAGUUUAAAAGCUCCAAGAGGGCAACUCCUUAG